GUUUCAGCACUGCAUGGUACUCCGGCAGGUGAUGCUACGUCUUGAGUCAUAACCUUAAGUUUGCACAACUAGGAUGAAUUACCAAAUUCUUCGUCUGGGAUCUGACUCGCCUUAAUUUGUUUGCACACAAGCACUCAGCUGUCAUGGCGGAAACCUUCGGGACCACCUUCGGAUGUUUGUUAAUAUCGUUCAUGAUAGACGUGAUUCUGUAUGGAAUGGGAUUGCUCCUGGUCCUGCAGUAUUUUAAGAAGAAUAGCAAGGACGCUUUCUUAGUCAAAGCCGCUGUACUCGGGCUUGGAAUCUUCGCCACCGCGCAUAUAGCUGGAAUGUGCGCAUGGAUAUACGAAACAUUCAUUACCAACUUUUCCCAUCCAGAGCUCCUUAAUGAGCUUCCUCUAUCUGUAUCUAUUGAGAUAAUGUCCUUCACACGUCGACAAUUGCAGUACAUCGUAUCCUUCAUUGCUCAAUUUCGGCCAUCACAAUAUUUGGAUUACAUCUCCAAUUGUACCGGAAUUGCCCAAACUGUCACGACGGCACAGCGAGGGACUGCCAGCGGAAUUGAUGACGAGAUUAACAAGAUCAUCACCGCUAUAGAGAUUAGCGCAGCUGCUCUGUGUGACGUUUUGGUCACCAUCACCUUGUGCGUCCUGCUGAGAAUCAGUCGUACGGGCAUUAAAUCUGGAUUCGAGGACGGAUUCCACCUUGGACUCCUUGAUCAUCCUAACUAUCAAUCGAGGAGCUUUAACGAGUCUCGCGGCAGUCGUGAACCUGGUCUUGUACUUGUCACGGCCGAAAUCAAUGUUCUUAACAUCCCAAGCAUGCUUGUUUUCAAUCCAAGCACCGAGCUCUAUCUGCUCUCGGUUGUCGGAAGUUUAAACUACCGCGAACACAUACGGGCAGGCUCAAGGCAUCGAAAAAAGGAAUGGAAUAGUUUUACUACAACCACGAACGAUUCGUACAGUUUACCGCUAGAAAAUGCAGGGCCUUCUUCUAAAUCUAUUGUCACUUGGAAAGAUCCCGAAACUGAAAUAGAAGCAGACGAAUACGUUUCCGUAGCCAACAUGGUCUUCAAAUAUUGUUCUGCUUCGUCGCAAAUUUUCAAUAUCCGAACGGCUGAGCAUGUACGUUUAAAGCCUGAUGGAUUCAGACUCAUGAAAGCCGUCAUCCGCCUCUCGACAACCAAAUUCGACUUCCUCGCCUCUCCACUGGAGUUGGCGAAAAAAUCGGAGAUACGAUUUUUGUAUUCUUCCAGGGGUAUCGACCGGGCGGGUUCAUGGCAGAUGACAACUGGAGAGAUUUCUGCGCCAUACAUGGCUAAAUUCCACAAACACGACCAUAUCAGCGCGGAAUACUAUCGGGAGUUUUUCACUAGCUUUGGCCUGUGCACCGUUAUCUUCGUCAAGAUAUCCGGUGACCAAAAGAAACCAGCUGCAACAAGGUCUUGGAGGGUGAAGACGCAUAUAUGUGCAUACAACCUCGAAGGACCGAGUUUUCGAGGUAGCCGGCGGUAUACAAAGCGCCAGCUAGAUACAGCGAAGCUAAUCAUAUCCUGUCACUUUCACCGCAGGCGGAACUACAAUGUCCAAACUCGGGCUUCAUAUUUUCGGUCGCUCCUUAUGCAAAGAACACAUUUUGUUCGAGCAAUAUCUUUAUUCUCGGCUCGAUUCGAUACCUCCACAAUCGGGAUUACUCGUGUUCUCCUGGAGCAGCCAACUGGUCCAAGCAGUGUCUCUGAGAAGGGAAAGAGAUCCAAGUUAACAGUUGCGUGGCGCCAUUGUCGUGGUCCUAUAAAGCGCAGUGGCACGAUGGCACUACAUCUUUAUCCUCCGUAUCAACGAAGCUUAUGCUGGGCUUGA